UGAAAGCAGCCAAACACAGCAACAUUAGACAUAGGCCCUACUGGGAAAUAAAUAUUUAUUGAGGCUGUUGUUCAAAAUUACAUGAAAAAUGCUUAUCAUUGUAACCCCUACCCAUAUGUUAGGCUGCCACACACAGUAAAACAGGCAUUAAUUUAGGGCAAGCAGCAUUUAUCAGAUUUAAAAUUCUGCUGGCAGUCGAGUUUGCGAGGUGCCUCGUCUUUUUUAGUAAAGGAUUUUAUAGAACAUGUGACUAAAUUACCCGCUCACAUGGCCGCUGUGUUUGCAUGAUCCGCUUUAGUUUUUAAAGUCCAGUGCUCGAGCUCGCUCUGCAUCAACCAUCCGGAGCAGAAGACCACUAAAGAGCACGACCUAACCAGACAAAUCAUGGCGAGCAGUGGACAAAAGGUAGUUCUGAUCACCGGUUGCUCCUCCGGCAUCGGGUUACGAAUCGCCGUCCUGCUGGCCAAAGAUGAAAAGAAGCGUUACCAUGUCAUUGCCACCAUGCGGGACCUGAAGAAGAAGGAUAAGCUGGUGGAGGCAGCAGGUGAUGCGUAUGGGAAGACCCUCAUGCUGCUGCCUCUGGACGUGUGCAGUGAUGAGUCAGUCAAGCAGUGCAUCAACAGUGUCAAGGACCGCCAUAUUGAUAUCCUCAUCAACAAUGCAGGUGUGGGCUUGUUGGGACCCGUGGAAAGCAUCUGUAUGGAGGACAUGAAGAGGGUGUUUGAGACCAACUUCUUUGGCGUGGUGAGGAUGAUUAAAGAGGUCAUGCCUGACAUGAAGAAGAGGCGGGCGGGACACAUUGUGGUCAUGAGCAGUGUUAUGGGUCUACAGGGUGUGGUGUUCAACGAUGUCUAUACUGCCUCCAAGUUCGCCAUGGAGGGCUUCUGUGAGAGUAUGGCUGUCCAACUGCUCAAGUUCAACGUCCAUUUAUCCAUGAUUGAGCCAGGGCCAGUGCACACUGAGUUUGAGACGAAGAUGAUGGAGGACGUGGCCAAGAUGGAGUACCCAGGAGCUGAUGCAGACACAGUGCGCUACUUUAAAGAUGUUUACCUGCCCUCCUCCAAGGAUAUCUUUGAGGCCAUGGGCCAGACCCCAGAGGACAUCGCCAAGUGUACUAAGAAGGUGAUUGAGUCAAGGAACCCUCGCUUCAGGAACCUGACCAACAGCCUGUACACGCCCAUCGUGGCCAUGAAGUACGCCGACGAGACAGGAGGCCUGUCGGUCAACACCUUCUACAACCUGCUGUUCAACUUCGGCCCCCUCAUGCACAUCACCAUGAGCAUCCUUAAGUGCCUAACCUGCAGCUGCCUGCGCCGACGCACCAUCUCACCAAACUGAGACUGGGUCUGAAAUGGAACCCUAUUCCCUAUAUUGUCCACUACCAGGGAGAAAAGUAGUGUAUUAUAUAGGGAUAGGGUGCCAUUUUGGAUGCACCCUAUGAGAAAUAUACAGUGGUGUAGCUGAAUUAUUGACACCCAAACCUGGCCACCUGGGGGAAGGAGGUGGCAUGUAGUUCUUGGGGAGAGAGGCUGUGAGAGAACCAGGAUAAGCUUUGGCCAGGCAACACGCACAAUUGCACAAACACAGACAGUACAGUGUGACCUCAUACAUGGGGCUAAGAGCUUUUUCUGGUCAGAUCAAAGCACACAUAACUUCCCCAGUUACAAAGAAUAACAAACGAACAACAGCAUUACAAUCACAGUGAAAGCGUAACGUAGCACCCAAUGAACUAAAGACUCAGGCCUUGAUAAACUCUUAGUACAAUGCAGUAUUUAGCUCUGAGUUACGAAGAAUCUACUAGAUUCCUUCCUUGUACAUUUGAUUUGAUGUAUGUCUUCAUAAUUGUAUUGUUUUGCUGUUUAAUCAUAUUAUUUCUGCAUCUUUUUAUAAGCUGAAUGUGUGGUUUUUAAAAGUUUAUGAAUGGAUAGAUUGUUAAUAUCUUAUUUUUGAAAGUAAUUCAUUGAUUUAGAAAUAAACUUCUUGGU